AUGGCUUUUUGGGAAGACACUUUCAUUAUUCUUAUAUCUCAGGUGCUAUUCUUUGUUGCGGGAUGGAUUUUUUUUGUUAAGCAGUUAUUUAGGGAUUACGAAGUACAUCACACUUUAGUGCAGCUGAUAUUCUCUAUCACUUUUGCUUUAAGUUGCACAAUGUUUGAGUUAAUAAUAUUUGAAAUCAUUGGAUAUUUGGAUUCAAGUUCAAGAUACUUUCAUUGGAAUAUGGGAUUGUACUCCCUACUUUUUAUGGUGAUAGCACUUAUACCAUUUUAUAUAGCUUACUUCUGCAUUAGUAAUAUAAGAUUUGUGUCACAUAGCAUGAUAAGAACAUUAACAGUGUUUGUUUGGUUCAUCUACUUAUAUUUCUUCUGGAAGAUUGGUGAUCCAUUUCCAAUUUUGAGUCCAAAACAGGGCAUAUUCUCUAUAGAGCAGGGAGUGUCCCGCAUUGGCGUCAUAGGUGUGACAGUGAUGGCGCUACUAUCUGGUUUCGGUGCGGUGAAUUACCCUUACACGUCAAUGGCGAUAUUUAUUAGACCAGUCACACAAUCAGAUGUACUUUCAAUUGAGAAAAAAUUGUUGCAAACUAUGGAUAUGAUUCUGGUGAAAAAGAAAAGGAUAGCACUAGCUGAAGCUAACAGCAUGGGAGGGAGACAGAACUAUAGUAUGUUGGACCAGUCCAAUGUGAAAAAUAGAGGUUUCUGGACUAAUAUACUGUCAAGUGUCGGCAGUAUAGCUAACCCACUCGGGCACGGCACUGAGAAUAUAGCACAACUACGCCAAGAGAUCGUCGGUCUGGAAGAGUUGAGCCGUCAACUGUUCCUCGAAGCUCAUGACGCUAGGAGCAUGCGAGAGAAGAUAGAGUGGUCCAAGACAUUCCAGGGGAAAUAUUUCAACUUUUUGGGCUAUUUCUUCUCACUGUAUUGCAUUUGGAAAAUAUUUAUUUCGACUAUAAACAUAGUGUUCGACCGGGUCGGCCGCAAGGAUCCCGUUACCCGUGGUCUAGAGAUAGUGGUGCACUGGCUAGGGCUGCAGGUGGACGUGUCGUUCUGGUCGCAACAUGUUUCUUUCGCGCUGGUCGGAUGUAUAGCGCUCACCAGCAUACGUGGACUGCUACUCACACUCACCAAGUUUUUCAACAAGAUCUCAUCUUCGAAAUCGUCCAACAUCAUAGUUCUCGUUCUAGCGCAAGUCAUGGGUAUGUACUUCUGUUCUUCCGUCCUGCUCAUGCGCAUGAAUAUGCCCGCCGAAUACAGAAUAAUCAUAACUCAAGUGUUAGGUGAUUUGCAAUUCAACUUUUAUCACAGAUGGUUCGAUGUGAUAUUCUUAGUGAGUGCACUAACUAGUAUAUUUACACUGUAUUUAGCUCAUAAACAACCUUCUGUUAGUUGA